GUUAUGAAAAUCCACGUGAUUUCUUCAGAAAGUUGAAAUGACGGAAAAGACAACUAGAAUCUGGAGUUUAAUUUAGUAAUACAAACUAAGAGAAACGCAGUGAAAAUGGCGUUGGAAAUGUUCAGGAAAAAAGAGACUCUUGCAAUGCGAAAUAAACUGAUUGGGCAGUCUUGCAGACUCUUCUAUUCAGACGAUCCCGUGAAGAUAGUCAGAGCCAGAGGACAGUAUUUGUAUGACGAAAAUGGCCAGCGGUACUUGGACUGUAUCAGCAACGUUCAGCACGUGGGUCACUGUCAUCCCAGCAUCACACAAGCAGCCACAACGCAGAUGGAGCUUCUGAAUGCCAAUUCGCGCUUCCUUCACGACAAUAUAGUUCAGUAUGCCGACCGCCUCGCCGCCACUCUGCCCGACAAGCUGUGUGUCUUCUAUUUUGUCAACUCAGGUUCAGAGGCCAAUGAUCUGGCACUACGCUUGGCCCACCAGUACACCAAACAUGAAGACGUCAUUGUGCUUGACCACGCAUAUCAUGGGCACCUGACUUCGCUCAUCGAUAUCAGCCCAUACAAGUUCCAGAAGCUGACAGGACAGAAAGAGUGGGUUCACGUGGCACCCAUACCAGACACCUAUAGAGGUAUAUUCAGAGAGGACCAUCCCAACCCAGCCCAGGCAUAUGCAGAUACUGUGAAGGAUGUGAUAGACAAGGUGCACCAAAAAGGUCGCAAGGUUUCUGCAUUUUUUGCUGAGUCAUUGCCCAGUGUUGGAGGCCAAAUCCUCUUGCCCAAGGGAUACUCAACUAAAGUAGCAGAAUACGUGCGCUCUGCAGGGGGAGUGUUUGUGGCGGACGAGGUGCAAACAGGUUUUGGGCGUGUGGGGAGCCAUUUCUGGGCCUUCCAGCUGCAAGGUGAUGAUUUUAGCCCUGACAUAGUGACUAUGGGCAAGCCGAUGGGCAACGGACAUCCCCUGUCAUGUGUAGCAACCACAGCGGAGAUCGCUGGGGCCUUCACAGCCAACGGAGUGGAGUACUUCAAUACAUUUGGCGGUAACCCAGUGUCGUGUGCCAUCGGCCUGGCUGUCCUGGACGUGAUUGAGAAGGAGGACCUGAGGGGGAACUCCUCAAGGGUAGGAGGACACCUAUUGGACCGGCUGACACAGCUACAGACCAAACAUCCAAUCAUUGGAGACGUCCGUGGAGUGGGGCUGUUUGUGGGCUUGGAGUUGGUCACCGACAAAGAACAGAGGACCCCAGCUACAGACGCAGCAGCGCAAGUUGUCAGAAGACUGAAAGAGGAGUAUAUCUGUGUCAGUACAGACGGCCCCUGGGAGAACAUUGUCAAGUUUAAACCUCCCAUGUGCUUCAGUAUGGAGGACGCAGACUUGGUGGCAGACAGGAUACACCACAUCCUCACAGACAUGGAGCGCAGUCAUCAAAAACUGGACAGUGGAGAUUUCUAAGACGAACUGGAGUCAUCUUGGCGGAAGACAAGGGAAGGAAUGCAGAAGUAUUCAACACAACCAAUCUCACAGAUCCAUACCACAAUUAAGGAUACAAAAACUAAAUCAUUAAGAUUACACUACUAGAUCUAACACAAGAAUGGUUUGCGACAAUUCAUAAAGUGGAAUUAGUGACUGCUUUUGAUUCUGCAUGAGGGAUAUAAGAGAAGCAGUGACAUAUGCAACAGAAAAGCAAUACAUUUCUACUAUAACACAAUGUAAAUUGUGAGUACAGUGAGUUUUGAUCCUCCUUGCAUUUAUUCUUCCCUGUGGAAAUACAGUGCAUUCGGAAAGUAUUCAGACCCUUCCACAUUUUGUUACGUAAACAGCCUUAUUCUACAAUGGAUGAAAUCCUCAAUCUACAUACAAUACCCCAUUUUGAUAAUUUAAAGAAAAUUCAAAACAGAAAUACUUUAUUUACAUAAGUAUUCAGACCCUUUGCUAUGAGACUCGAAAUUGAGCUCAAUCCUGUUUCCAUUGAUAAACCUUGAGAUGUUUCUACAACUAGAUUGGAGUCCACCUGUGGUAAAUUCAAUUGAUUGGACAUGAUUUUGAAAUGCACACACCUGUCAAUAUGAGGUCCCACAGUUGACAGUUCAUGUCAGAGCAAAAACCAAGCCAUGAGGUCAAAGGAAUUGUCUGUAGAGCUCUGAGACAGGAUUGUGUUGAGGUCUGCGGUUGACGUCUCCGAGACAGGAUUGUGUUGAGAUCUGCGGAAGGGUACUAAGACAUUUCUGCAGCAUUUAAGGUCCCCAAGAACACAGUGGCCUCCAUCAUUCUUAAAUGGAAGAAGUUUGGAACCACCAAGACUCUUCCUAGAGCUGGUCUCAUGGAGGUGACCAAGAACCCGUUAGUCACUCUGACAGAGCACCAUCCCUACGGUGAAGCAUGGUGGUGGCAGCAUCAUGCUGUGGGGAUGUUUUUCAGCGGUAGGGAUUGGGAAAAUAUUCAGGAUCGAGGGAAAGAUGAAUGGAGCAAAGUACAGAGAGAUAUUUGAUGAAAACCUGCGCCAGAGCGCUCAGGACCUCAGACUUGGGCGAAGGUUAACCUUUCAACAGGACAAUGACCCUAAGCACGUAGCCAAGACAACACAGGAGUGGCUUCGGGACAAGUCUCUGAAUGUCCUUGAGUGGCCCGGCCAGAGCCCGGACUUGAACCCAUUCAAGCAUCCCAGAAAAUAGCUGUGCAGCGGCGCUCCCCAUCUAACCGGACAGAGCUUGAGAGGAUCUGCAGAGAAGAAUGGGAGAAACUCUCCAAAUACAGGUGUGCCAAGCUUGUAGCGUCAUACCCAAGAAGACUUGAGGCUGUAAUCGCUGCCAAAUGUGCUUCAACAAAGUACUGAGUUAAGGGUCUGAAUUCUUAGGUAAAUAUGUCAUUUCUGUAUUUUUUAAAUUUUUCUACAUUUACAAAAAUGUUUAAAAAAAAUACAAAAUUGUAUUUUUUGAAUAAGGCUGUAAAGCACAGGUGUCAAACUCAUUCCACGGGGGGCCGAGUGUCUGCGGGUUUUCGCUCCUCCCUUAUACUUGAUUGAUGAAUUAACAUCACUAAUUAGUUAGGAACUCCCCACACCUGGUUGUCUAGGGCUUUAUUGAAAGGAAAAACCAAAAACCUGCAGACACUAGGCCCUCCGUGGAAUGAGGUUGACACCCCUGCUGUAAAGUAACAAAAUGUGGAAAAGGGGUCUGAAUACUUUCCGAAUGCAAUCCAUCACAUUGCAACUACCGGAUUAAGUUUUCUCCAUAGGGGAUUUCAGAAACACUUCAAAUAAGGUGUUUUAUGUAGGCUUACCCUGGCGUGAUGUUUUGAUUACUGUAAAUCUCUCUAGGACAAGGUGACUUGUCAGUAUAUUCGCCUGUAUUUACCACCCCAAAAUUAAAUCCUAAUUAGCUGCUAAUGUGGCUAUCAUAAAGAACUACAAAUACAAAGUUAAUCUGCAACAUAUUCUCACAUUUAAAAUGGAUCAAGCAACUGCAAAAACAAAUCUAAAUCACAAGUUUUUGCACAUCUGCAUACAGUAAUUGUUUUAUAAUUCACCCACAGACUACAUGCAUAGAAAGACAGGGACACAGAAUAUAUAAAGGCAAUGAAUGAUUAAUAAGAGUGUUGUUAUGGGGUACUGGAGAGUAGUGGCGUAGUAGUAGUAGCGAUCUGGAGCGUAGUGGCCCUCUUCAAGAGUCAUGCGAUGGGUCAGAUCUGCAGUGAAGAGAAUCGGUGCAUUACAACUUUAUACAUUUGAGAUUUUAAAAAGACAACUAGAAAAGGACAUUCCUUAAGAAACUUUGUGGACUGAGCUGGCUAAAAGUAUUUCCAAAGUACGAGUUAAAGAAUUUUGUGGCAUUUAUAAUAUAUAUACAUACACACACUUUGCGUUCUUCACCACGGCGGUCAGGGGCAUAUUUAAGGGCUUUCCAGAGGUACUGCAACACACCAACCUCCUGAUUUUUUCCCCUGGCUUUUCAUGACACUUACUGUAAGCAUAAAAAUUCAAAUAAAUGAAUGAUUGGCAUAACGUGGGCAUGCAGGACAGGAACUGUAAACGCACAGUAGCGGUGCGUGGGUAAAAUCAAAAUGGGGAAGCCAAUCCAGGGCGGGAAAAAGUCAUAUUACAACUUGUGUUGUGAUAAUCGUAUUGUUUGCUCUGUAACCUAUUCGAUCAUAUGCCUUGACACCGUGAUAUAUAGGCCUAAGGCCGAGACAAUAAGAAGACACAUUGGCAGAAUAAAUUCAACCACACAUUUGUUGUUUCACUACAAAGCAACUUCUGUCCGAUAAAGUCCACAAAACAUAUUGCAUGUAACAAACAGUUACAUGACCUACAGCGUGGUCAAGCAACGUAACGGUGUCCUACAUUUUCAGACUACUAAACUAUUGAUUUAGAACCAUGGAGAGUUACCAAGUCACAAAGAAAACAGGAGCUGCCUCCAGUAUUCCAGCACCAUUUCAACUUCAACAUCUAAAUCACCUAUGCUUAGUCUAAUACAGUGACUAAAAGAAACCAAAAACGAUUUAGUCCAAUCAACGUAAGCUAAAUAUGAUGUGGCUGUCCAUGGUUCUGAUUUCUCUGUGUGUGUGUGCAUAUUUGCAUGCGUGCAGAUAGAAAACCCCCCACAUUGAUUCACCCUACUUAUAGAGAAACGCCAAUGCCAUCCUCCUCUUUCAUGUUGCCUAAACAGUCUAUGACUCUGUCGUACAGUACACGCUUUUAGUCGUUUUUUUAAAUCCUAGGUUGCCUGGUUAAAAUACUUGCUUGCUAGCCUAACUUCCUUUCAAUGAUACGCCAGGUCAGCUAGUUAACAUUAGCAUACUACUUCUAGAUACAUGUUGAACUUCCAUCCUCAGGCCAGGGGCACAAUGUAUGAAUUUAUGGUUGGAUCCGUUAUAAUCAUUGGCCAGUACGGAGAAUUAAGUAAAACCAGAAGUCCAAAUCCCUAUAUCUAUCCAUGGCUAAUUUAGAAAAUUUAGCCAUGAAGACAACACAAUGAGAUGCAAUUGAAGUUUUUUUUCUGUCAAUAAUGACAAUGUGAAUGGUCUGAAGCCAAAUCCAAACAGGCUUCCCUUUACACCUUUUUUGGUGAGCCAGGACCAUUCACAGCUGAGCUCACUCAGUUUAACUUAACGCUGAUUGGCUAUUUAAUUUAUUUUUUAUCAAUGGGUGCCAAAUGCUUGCUGGCUUCUUUUGCAUUCAAUGCUACGGGCUGCAACAAUGUCAUACUCUUUCUGGCCAGACAGCAUCAGAUAGAUUCGCUACACAUACUGAGACAGAGGGGCGCUGUUUCGUUCGCUCGGAUGCUUUCGCCGGUGAGAUACAUUCAGCCUCUUGCGAGUUAAAGGACAUUUAUGAAGCGCUGAGAGACAAAAGAUAUAUUAUUUAGGAUGUUUUUUUUCCUGGUAAAUUUUUUGGGGAAGUCUCCAUGAUUACACUCAAUCUUCCCAAGACAUCUGAAACCCUACCUCUUUAAACAGUAUCUUAAAUAAACCUCCUCCCCACCUCGGACCCCCCCCCAAUAAAAAAAACUGAACCAGCACUUGCACUUGACCCCUCCCUCCUCUAGCUCUGACUCAACUGCUUGCUACUUUGAGAAACAUUUGACUUUUUAUGUCUGUGAUAUGUGGUUGUCCAACCUAGCUAUCUUAGGAUGAAUACACUAACUGUAAGUCACUCUAGAUAAGAGAGUCUGUUAAAUAACUCAAAUGUAACGCACAGUAAAAUAUCUUUAACAGUCAGAAUCUACUAAAAGUGGUAGCAAUGGUAUGUUUGCUCAUCUGUCCCAUCAUAUUGAAGUGGAACAUUAAUUUAUUGGUCAUCAAUCUGAAACAUUUUAAGAAAGAGGAUAUCAAAAUUAAACAGUUGGAUAAAUGUUUAACUAAUCUCUAAAUUGUAAAGUUUUAUUUAAUCCUAAUACAUGUUGUAAUAUUCAAACUUUUUAUAAACGCACCGCUCCAAAAUCCUGAGGACAUUGUCCCGUACAGAGGUUCCCCCAAAUUGAAGACAGCUUGGCAGUCUUAAAAAUAGAAAGCUAAAUGCUACAAUCAAAUGAUGUGUAAACGGGCAAUAAAGAGACAAUAAAAAAUAUUAUAUCAUAUCUGCAUCAAACAUUGUUAGAAAUGGGUGUAAUUGGCAAAUAUCUUCCUCUUCUCUGUAACUGCGCACAUGUUUGAGUUUGAGUGAGCAAGAGAGAAAUGGGGGAAACUUUACAUGACUCACUAAGGUGUGUGUUGAGGUGUGUGUUGAGGUGUGUGUUGAAUUAGGACGAGAGUUUUGCGAGUUAAAAUAGGAUUUGGUUUACUUUACUAACUUCUAUUAUUAGAAGCAGUGCUAUUUCAAUUGGAUUUCUUUACACUACACUUCUAAUGCACCCAUAAGAUAACCAUUUUUGGUUUGAGGAAGAACUAUUUUGAGUUCCAUGUAGACCCCUCUGUGGAAAGGAUUUUAAAUGGAACCAAAAAAAUAUUAUUCAAAGGGUUUUCCUAUGGGGACAACCGAUGAACCAUUUUAGGUUCUAGAUACCACUUUUUUUUUUUUUAAGUGUGUACGAUCAGGCAAUCACGCACAGCUGAAUAGCAUGUCUCUUGGGGAAUCCAGUCUGUGAGACAUGAUGCAUAUGGGGGAAAAAAUAUCAAACAUGAGAAAAUAACAUUUUGGCAACAACUUACUGUCAAUGACUAUGGAUUUAAGGAAGGAUGCUUCUGCUCUCUCCUUUCACUGGGAUGUGCCAAAAUAGGUCACUGGUAACUGAGUGGGUGGCGAAGCACUGCUGUAAAGGCCAUGCAUCAGGUCAUUGACAUGUUUCAGGAACUGUAAAGACUGAGACGAAUCAUGAUUAACCAUUACCUAAGGUCUUCACUAAGUUAGACUUAGCCUAGCAAGUACAUUGACUAUGUUGCCCCUCAGCAACCUGGCAGUGAGGCAGACAGAUGAAGAGAUAUAGAUAGACAGAAAUCAAAACAGGCCAUUUACAUUUCUUAGUCAGCAGGCUGGAUAAAUUCUGUACUCUUCCCUUUGUUUCCUCCAGCCAAGCUAGAAGAUUCCUGCAAAAACAGAGAACUAAUUGAAAAGGGCAGUUGAGAGGUGUAACAUUAGAAUGAGUGUUGAGGGGGAGCAGGGAUAGGCAAAAUGUAUCCUAUUGUCAAAUACAAAAUACAAGGAUCUCUGAUGAAUCAAGAAAAUCUUCACAUCCAGUGUGUGGGGAGGUAUACAUUUCAAGACUUUUACAGUAGGCUACCUUACUGUCUCACACACAAUCAAUGUUUCCUAUGUGUAUUAAUGUACAAUCUCUCUCUCACACACACACACACAGCUAGCAUGACACAAUGUUGACAUGAUAAUAUUUUCUAUAGAUUGUGAUCAUAAUCAUCUCUCUCCCUCUCACACUGAACACACACACAGCUAGCAUGACUACGUUGACAUGAAUGUUUUCUAAAGUUAUUGUGAUCAUCUUCUCUCUCACACACAUGCAGAGAAUACACACACACCCCUUUACAAUCAUUAACUAAACAGAUAUUAAAAUGUCAAUGUUAUCUAGCUAGCUACAACAGGUAGAAAUGAAAAUGUACCAUGUCCUUAGUGGAUUAGCCAGAGAGCUAACAUUAGCUCGCUAAAAUUAGCCAGUUAGCUAGCAAAUCUUACCUUGACUUUCAUCUCCCCAACAAACUGCCGCUUUACUUACAAAAGUAAAAGAAUUCAAAAGAACAGGGACUACCACUUUUAGAAGUUUUUUGUGUACAUUUUGAAAAACUGUUGCUAUUGACCAAUGUGCUCGAGCAAGCAGGCUGCACGCAGCCAUCUAUUUUUAGCGAGAACUGAUAUGCCUACCUCCUUAUUUAGCUACAGAAGUUAAAAUUAAAUGACUGCACGGAUUCUGUUAAUUGCUUAAAAGCUAAGGGAAAAUAUAAGUAAUAUUUUCAGGGUCAAAUUCAGGUGCAAUACAUUUUGACAAAUGAUGUAUGGAAAUAAAAUGUGAUAAAAAUAGGGUUUUGAAAAUCCUAGUGGAUUGUAGCAUGAAAUAAAUGAAAUAUUGAAAUAAAA